AUGAAUCCAAAUAAUCUUCCCUCUUCAAAUCAACAAAAUUCAAAUUCUCAAAAUCCAAACCCUCAAUUUCCAUUUCCAUAUCCAAGUCCCUAUUUUCCAAAUCCGCAAAAUUUUACUAAUUCUCAAAAUCCAAAUUUUCAGUAUCAAUUUUCACAUUCUCAGAAUUCUCAAUUUCCAUUUUCAUAUCCUCAAAAUUCUCCUUAUCAAUUUCCAUUUCCUCCAUUUUCAAAUUCACAAUUUGAAACCCAACAAACACCAAUCAAUAUCCAAAAUUCUCCGGAAACGCAAGUGCCGGCUUUUGGUCACGAAAACAUUAUUGAUCUAAAUGAUGAUUGCGAAGAAACCGAAGAUUUUCGAGUAAUUACCGGUCAAUGGAGGUGGGUUGAAGAUAAACUCUUAAUAAGUGCAUGGUUGAAUGUAUCAAUUGAUCCACUUAUCGGUACUGAUCAAAAAGCCGAAGCAUUUUGGGAACGAAUUCAUCAAUAUUGUGAAGAAGAUAAUCCCGGUGUCAUUAAAAGAGGAGUUGUGGCAAUGAAAAAAAGGUGGCAAAGAAUAAACGAAGGUGCUCAGAAAUUUGGUUCGUGUUAUGAUGAGGCUCAACGAAAAAUCGGGAGCGGUUCAAACAUGGACAACAUAAUUGAGAAAGCUCACCAAGAUCAUUUAACUAAUUACAAGAAGAAGUCUAACUUUGAGCUUCAUUGGCGUGAGCUUCGUAGACAUCCCAAGUGGAGAACUCCUCCAACUAGUGCAAGUUCCAAAAGAACUAAAUUAAGUAGUUCUGGAGCUUACUCAUCAGAAGGAAAUAACGAUACACCAACAUCUGAUGAAGUUGAACCGGUUCGUCCUAAAGGUACAAAAGCUGCUAAAAGGAAAGGAAAGGGGAAGGCCUCAACUGCAGAAGUUGAUGAAUGGGAAGCUUUACGAGUUAAUCAAGAAAGAAAAAUGGACAUAAUGGAUAGAUUAAAUGAAAUUCGGCUAAAGGAGCUUGAGGCGAAACAAUCUGAGAUGGAUUUACAAGUCAUUAUGGCGGAUACAACGAAAAUGAAUGACGCUCAGCGGAAGGCUCAUGCAAAGAUGCUUGAGAAAAUUAUGGCAAAAAACUAG